AAAUUUUGUUCCAUAUUUUUGUUACAGGUUUUGUAAAAACACGUACUUUUUAUUCAUUUAAAUUUUUAACGAAGUGGAUUAGUAUGAUUGUUAUACCAUUAAUAUUAAUCCAAAUGAUGUUACAAUUUACCGUUGCUUCAAAAAUCGAAAUAAAUUUAAAUAAAAUUUUUACUUUACAAAAUUCUUUACACGAACUAUGUAAAGUAAGUACGUGUGAAACCGAUAAUAGUAGUAAAGUCGAAUUAAACAAUGUAUCGUGUAUUAUAUAUUUUUAUGACGUCGAAGGAAACAAGCUAAAAGAAAACGAAACUAAGUUAAUAUAUCGUAAUUUUGUAGCUAAAUUAUUUAUCUGUAUAAACUGCACGUUCGCUGUAUGGGUUCAUAAUAAACUUCAACAUUUUCUAGUCACAAAUUUAUUACAUUUAAGUCAAUCAAAAUAUUCAGUACGCGAGAAUUUUUUACAAAUUAGUAGCACAGUGGACAGUUUAAAUAAAAUAAUGGAACACACUAAGCAAUUUAUAAACAUAUUAUUCAAUUUUAUGAACAUUUUAACGUACAGUGUAUUGAUAAAUAUAGAUUUAUUAAAAUCAUUACUGGCGUUAUGUUUCAAAUUUAAUUAUAUUAAUAUUUUAAUAUUUAAUAAUGAAAAUUAUUUAGUCGAUAAUUUUAUAUCUAAAGAAGUUCUCAUACAAAUAAAUGAUAUUCAAAGGAUUUUGGCGUACAAUUGUCAACUACCAAUUAUUAUUUAUGACAGUAAACAUUUUUACGGAUUUCCUAAAUACGAAUUAGACUUGAAUGAUGACACCAUUCAAAUUUUUCUGGAUUCAUUAACCGGAAUUGAUUUUGAUGAACCAACUAUGAAUUGUGAUUUAUAUACAAUGUUAUUAGGUGAUAUUAUAAUGAAUCAAAAUGAUAUUUCAUCGGAUGAGAUUUCUGCUGUACUAUUUCAUUUCGAAUGUGGAGAGGUCUCGGCCAAACAAUUCUUUGUAGAAAUUGAACAAUCACAUGAUCUUGAGGUUAUAUACUGGUAUAUGAAAGCGGUAUACAAUGCAAUCAUGCAAAUAAUAUUUUUAAAAAUUAAUAUUCAUUUCGGUUUAGAAAUUGGAAUUAAAGAAUUGUCAGUAGAAGUUAUAAAUAUUUUUGAAGAAUUCAAUUUUCUCUUUUCUUUUUACACUGGCCUUGUACCCGAAUUGGUGAAUGGCUUUUAUAAUCUAAAUGAUGAAACAGAAUUUAAAAGUUCUCGAAUGGAAAAAAUUAAAAAUGGAAUUGAAUUGUAUUUAGAAUCGAUUCAAAAAGACAAUCAUUUAAAAAAAUCACAGUUACCAUUUGUUGAAGUAAGAGCGGAUCGUAUAGAAUCAACAACAAUCGAUGAAUUUAUGUUUGCAAUGGCAGAACAUAUUACUAAAUACAAAUGCUUUGUUCGUUUGUUUGAAUCAUUAAACACGGAAUAUACCAGAUACUACUCACCCCUUAUGAAUAAAAUAAAGAAAAUAAAUUCUUUUAUGCAUAUUAACCUUUGCACAAAGUACAAAUUUGUAGAGAAAUCGGUUGUGACAUUGGAUGCACCUAGUCUAUCACCGUGGAUAAUUGAACCGUUGAAUGGUAACAUUCGUGGAAACCAAGACAAUUGUAAUUACCUUAAAAAUAUGUAUCAAUUCAGCUAUGAACAUUUCCAAGCUCUCAGUACUAACAGUUUAUCUUCAGACAUAAACACAGAUCACUGUAAAGAAGUUGGAAGAAAUCUUUAUCAUGCCAUAUAUUAUAUUAGUUUUAUAAUCACUAAGAACGAUGAUAUGUCUUUAUUGGAAAUAACUUAUAAUUUGAUUUCUGUAGAGUUGUUUACGAAAGGUAAUCUUAAUCGCAAAGUUUUAUGUACUGAUCUAGAACGAUUAUUGUGUGUGAUUAUAACUCAAUUAAAUUCGUACAUGCUUGAAUAUUGUACGAGUACUUCUUCUGAUUAUAAUCCUUUAUUAAUUGAUGAUGAACCUAUAAAUCCGAUUAAUACUGAUGACUUUCUUAAAAAAAUUGAUAUUUCCGCUAUUGUAAAUACUACAUUACCGAAUUUAGAUGCAUUGUUUAACGCAUAUGAAAAUACAUAUCCUAAUAUUAAAGCGUAUGAUAACGUUAUACAGUUUUAUUGGAAUGGAGAAUGUAAAUCAAUAAGUCAAAUUUUUGCGAAUUUAAAUAACAUUAUUUUGGGAUCGUCAUAUAUUUAUGCGUUUUAUGAUAUAUAUUUCAAAUUUUUUCUUGCAGUUAUUUAUUAUGAGACAAAAACACUUUUUAAUACUCUAGAAAGUAUUUAUAAAGAAACAAAAGCAGUAGAUAGUAGCGCUCAAUUCAAUUUUAAAACUUCAAUGUCAAAAAUCAUAAACAAGAAUAUAAUAAAUGACAAUUUUUUUCCAGAACAUUUUAAAAAAACUAUAGAUUAUUAUCAUGAAUAUUGCCUUAAUAUGCAUUUCGAUAUCUUAUAUCGUGGUAUGUUUAUUGGUCAAGGCUAUAAAAUAAUAGAAGAUAAUUUUAAAUUAUUCGGUGUUGAAAUAAAUCUGAAUGAAAAUAAAUUGGUAACACCAUUUUUUGAAAAUAAAUCCUCUAAUCGAACAUUUAGUUCUCAACGAAAAUCGUUCACAGAAAAUAAUAUUUCACCAAAAUAUUGUAUACAUGAUGUCAUGACCGGAAAAAAAUUAGCAUACACUAAAGUUAACGAAUUUAUUAAAUUGACCGAAGAAAUACAACCUGCAGUAGAAGUGGUUAAGAAAAUAUUUGACAAGUUCACAAAAUAUUAUCAUGUUUUACCUAAAUAUUUACUCAGAUAACUUUACCUUUGUGAUUUCUAUUAAAGGAGUAUAUUUUUCUUUAUUGCUAUACAUUAAUAUUAUUAGAGAUUUAAUGUUGGAAUAAUUUUUACUUGC